CAGCAGCCUCAGAGAUCAGUGAACAGAGUCGGACACAGUCCUGAAGCAUCGCAGUAAAUGAUGGAUUGUUCAGAGGAGGUUCAGCCCGUGUCUGAGGAGCCCAGCUCUCAGAUGGAGCUCAAAAAGGGAAUGUCCAUUUUUAUUGAUAUUCUGCGGAGGGCGGACAAAAACGAUGAUGGAAAGUUGUCCUUCGAUGAGUUUAAAUCCUAUUUCUCUGAYGGAGUCCUGACAGCUGAAGAACUGAAGGAGCUCUUCCACACCAUCGACACCCAUAACACAGACAAUGUGGACACUGAUGAGCUCUGUGAGUAUUUCUCCCAGCACCUUGGUGAAUACGAGAACGUCCUGGCAGCUUUGGAAGACCUGAACAUGUCCGUGUUAAAGGCGAUGGACAAAACAAAGAAGGAUUAUCAGGAGUCCACCCACCUGGAGCAGUUUGUGACCCGCUUCCUGCUGAAGGAGACGACCAAUCAGCUUCAGUCGCUGCAGAGCUCGCUCGAGUGCGCCAUGGAAACCACCGCCGAGCAGACCCGCCAGGAGAAACAGGGCCCCUUGAAGCCGGAGGUUUUGUCCAUCCAGUUGUCGGGUCGUCGCUCCAAUCGGAGGCUUCAGAGGAACAACAGCCUCUCUCCCAACAACCCUCUCAUCAGCCUCGUUAAUUCAGGUGUUUAUGAUGAAGACUGUCAGUGGACGAUCCAGGUCAACAGGCUGCAGAAGCUUAUCGACCGCCUGGAACAAAAGGAGAUUCGUCUGGAGCCAGUGGAGGAGGAGGUUGUGGAGAGCAAAUCGCACAUCCUAAUAGUGCAGCGGCAGCUCUCGGUGCUGGAGGAGGAGCUGGAGGAGUUCCGUUUGGCUCUCAGGCAGUACAUGGACUGUGCCUGCGCUCAGACUGGAUGUCUACACAUCGCAGUUCAGCGCCUGGCUAACGAGUCCCACUUCAUUCUCUAUGAAUUCUGGGAGCACAACAACGUGUGGAAGAAUCACCUACAGACGAACUACAGUAAAACCUUCCAGAGGGGGAACGUGGACUUYUUGGAAACUCCUGAGACCCUUACUACCAUGCUUGUUCCUUCCUCAUGGUGGGUCCUCAACAACAACUGAAACAGCACCCCCUCGCCGUUCGUCGCAGACAGGUUUGGAGACCUCCAAACCAGAAAGCCCCACACACACACAGGUCCACACACACUGACACAACUUGUGAAGUCAUGGUGAUUAGUAUUUAUGACCUCAAUGUUCCUUCAUAGUUUGAUAGUAGCUGAAAUAGCUCAAGUGUCUUAGAAAACAGCUCUUUUUAUCCUAAAAGCCAUGACGUCAGCAGACAGUGAUCCAGCUGAUGGUCUGACAUCUUCACUGUGUUUGUAACAUCAUCUGCAGAGGUCCAGAAAACACCUCGAGAGACAAAAUAUGUGUUUGUGUAUUUAUAGCUAUUUUUGUGAGGACAUUGGACAUCUUAGCCUCAGAUAMUGUUUUAAAGAAUCUGCUUUGAAUUAAGUUUAGAACAGCGAUUCAGACACUUCGUUGCGAUCAUUAUUUUUCGGGUUGUGUCUUGAAUGAAAUGUCCUCAUGUAAACAGACAUGUGUGUGAAAGAGUCAGGAUAGGGGGUCUUAAAAAGAUACAACUGUAGCAGCUCCUGGGAGCUCAUAAUGUCAUAUUUAUUUGUCAAAUUGAGACAAARGUCCUAAAUAAAGAUAUUAUUGUGUAUGAUG